UGCUCUGACUGUAUACACACGCUUGCCGUACCUUUAUCGCGUAUCUGAAUGUCUGGUAGGAAGAGUAGUGCCUUUGCCUUGGUUUAUGGAAAAAAAAGGAUAAUUGGUAAGGGCCAGAAUGGGACAGUCAUUGUCCAGACCAGUCCGGACAUCUGGGUAGGCAGUGAAGAGAGUAAUGAGUCUCCAUGGCCCACAUGGAGCUCUUCCUCAGGCUUCUGCCCAGUGAAUGUUCAGAGAGCCAAAUGGUUCAAAUGUCAGUGAGCAUUCUGAAUGGGCUAACAAAUCACCUCACCUGGAGGAGGUUUCUGUGCUGCAUGGUUGUCAAAAUCAUUUGUUUCUAAGUCUUGUAAACUAUGAGUCACAACGUUGGAAGUUAGAAAGACUGAUCUUUAGAUUUUUGGGGCAUGUAAGGAUUUAAAAAAAAAAAAAGCAUGAGGGUGUAGUUUAAUGCCAGAUUUUGCCUAGCCUGUGGGAGACCUUUUGCUUGAUUCCAUAGUGCCACCAAACCGAAGAAAAACUGCGAAUUUAGGGCCCUUCAGCUUCAUCACCACAAGAGGAGGACAUUUUAUAGAUGCGGAAGGUUCAGUGAAGGAGGUACAAGGAGGAGUUGGCUGGUGUUGGGGGUGGGACAGGGUUUGGAAAUCUUGUGUGGGAGUUGGGGCCUUAUUCCAGGAAGCAUAAAUUAUUUUAAAAUGUUCUUGAGGGGAAGUGACCUAAUUGGAUUUUCAGUGAGCCUUGGGAAUCUGAGAGAGUCUUGGGAGGAAAGUCGGAGCUCAAGAGACCAAGCAGUCUAGGCAGGUCAGCUGCCCUGGCAUUUAGUGUCUGGGAUCAGCGGCCAUGUGCUAUGCACUUGUUUUAGCUACUCUUGACUCUUGCUGAAGGCUCCUGGGCCGAGCAAUCUGGCUCCCUGUGUCUCCCCAGCAGAUAGCCUCCCAGCCGAGGCACUCCCUAGAGAUGGGGCUUUAGAGGGAAGGUUGUUGGAACCUGUAGAUAAUCCAGUUAAGCCGAAGUCCAAGAGAGCAGAUUAAGGGGGAGUUGGGGGGGGGGAGGUGCUUACAUUGCAUCAGCAGUGCAUCAGCGGGUUUGAGGCUUUGGGAAACAUACAACAUGUCUCUGGGCUCAGUACAUUAAUAACAGUACUUGAAUGAUCAAUGCCUCUGGGUAGCAGCAGCUGAGUGUGUGGGCUCUGAAGCUCAGGAGAGAGCCCAUGGUUGAAGAUUUGGUGAAAGGAUAAGUCACCCAGGGAACUGAACUGAAGAGAACUGAUGUGAAAUGGAACCCAGAUAACAUCACAUUCAGGGGCAUAAGGGGCCAUUCAGGGAGAGCCAGGUGUCCCGAGAGGGUGGGGACCUAAGGAAGUAAACUAGGUAGGAGGCAGAUGCUUCUGGCUAGCCUCAUGUGACCAUUGGGUAUGUCCAUGUCCCAGCCCUCCAGCUCUCAAUGGUGGAGCAUGAAGGGAUAAGCUAGAGCUGGCUGGAAGGCAGACCAUGCUCCCUCAUCCUUUGUAAGCCAAGGAGUAAUGUCCGGUCCCAUCUGUGAGCCACAGGGUGCCAUUCCUCUGAUAGAAUUCUACAGGGCCGAAUUGGUUUUCAGCUCUUGUCCCUUGUCACUUUCCUACUUCUGGCCUUUACCUACCUGGACUCAAGUACAAAUAUGUUUUCAAAUGCUGAAUAUUUGAAUGGUCUGCUCAGUGAAUUUCCCUAAAGACUAACUCAUCUGUUACCCUGUGGAUAGGGUGGUGUGCCAGUGUGCAGGGUGUUUUCUAGGAAGGUGCCCAGCAGGAAGGAGUCUUAGCCAGAAGGAAGUGUGCAUGCCUUGGUGAUCUGGAGUAAAGAGAUUCUUUGAGGUUUUUUUUUGUUUUGGUGGUUGUUGUUGUUGUUUGAGACAGGGUUUCUCUGUGUAGCCCUGGCUGUCCUGGAUCUCACUCUAUAGACCAGGUUGGCCUUGAACUCAGAAAUCUGCCUGCCUCUGCCUCCCAAGUGCUGGGAUUAAAGACGUGCACACCACCGCCCGGCUCAUUCUUUGAGUUUUAAAGUUUUAUUUAUUUCAAUUUUAUUUUUAAAAAGUUAGUUCUUAUUUAUGUGUGUGUGUGUGUGUGUGUAUGUAUGUAUGUAUGUAUAGAUAGAUAGGGGUGCCAUUGGAGGCCAGAAGAGGACAUCACAUCCCUGGGAUACAAAGGUUGUGUAUGGCUAUGUGGGUGCUGGGAUAUGAACCUAAGUUCUCUGCAAGAACACCAAGUGUUCUUAAUUACUGAACAUCUCUCCACCCCCUUCUCCUGUGUGUACUCACAUCCAAGCACACAUGCAUGCUGCUGUGGGGGGUCAGAGGACACUCUAUGGGAGUCAGUUCUCUUCUGGGGAUUGAACUUAAGGUGGUUCUGCCUGGUGGCAAGUGCCUUUACCUUCCUGAGCGUUCUUCCUCGCCCAAGUUCUUCAUGAUUUUGCUUGGUCCAAACUUGAGGUGUUCUAAGGUUUUCUUUUACUUGAAUCUCACUUUACAGUGGAUGUCCUUGGCAACUGUCAUGUUUACCAUAUCUUUUUUUUUUUUUUUUUAAGAUUUAUUUAUUUCAUUUAUAUGAGACUGCGGCUGUCUUCAGACACACCAGAAGAGGGCAUCGAUCUCAUUACAGAUGGUUGUGAGCCACCAUGUGGUUGCUGGGAAUUGAACUCAGGACCCCUGGAAGAGCAGGGGCUGAUUGCUGAGCCAUCUCUCCAGCCCAGGUUUACCAUAUCUUGUUUGUCCAGCUUCCAUUUGUUAGUUUAGAGCUUAAGCCACACAUUUGAGUGUCAAGUACAAAGACUCUAAAUCCGAUUUCACUUUGAUAGGCUUAGCCUAUCAGCUAGGCUGGAGGGGACUUUCCUCUUUGAUUCUGCCAUAUGUUUAACUGUCAGCCCCAUGAGUCAUUCAUUCAUUCUCAGGUUCCCUUCACAGAAACAGUCCUUCCUGCAGGCUCCACAUGCUGUGUGCAGAAAGAGCUAACAAAGAUGCCAAUAGUCACUGCCUUCAAGCACCUGUAGGUCUUGGGAGGGAGAAAGGGAAGUGUAACUGCAGUCACCUACAGUCCUUAGGUGAGGCCAGGCAUAGUUGGUGCACACCUUUCUUCUCUGCACUUGGGAGGCCCAAGGCAAGUGGAUCUCUGAGAGUUCAAGGCCAGCUUGGGCUACAAAGGGAGUUCCAGGCCAGACAGAGUUGUUAUGUUAUGUGGUAAGUCAAUCAAUCUCUCUCUCUCAAAAAAAACAAAAAACCUUUUAUGAUUGGAAAUCAAAAAAAGAGCCGGUAGUUGGGCAUCAAAGAGUUGGGCACAGCGAGAAGAUUGAAGGGCAUCCAGAGUCUAUCUGGUAUUUCAGAGCUCAGGCACUCUGGUCAGAAGGAGAGAGUGCUCCACCAGUUUUAAAUGGCUGGACCCAAGAACAGUAUAUAUUUUCUUACUUAUUUUGCUUAAAACAAUAACAAAGAAACAUUUUUGAAAGAUGUGGUGGUGGUGCAUGCCUUUAAACCCAUCACUCAGGAGGCAGAGGCAACUCUGCCAACUCUGAGUUGGAGGACCCCUAGGACUACAUGGACAAACUUGAAAAAACAAAAACCCCAAUUUCUUUUGAGAAUUUCAUGCAUGAGUACUUUAUUUGCAUAAUUCCCUCCCCUCCCUGCUCCUCCAUUAUCUCCCAAGUUUAUGACCUCCUCUGUAACCGUUAUUGUUAACAUUUUGACAUUUACACUAUUGUAGAAUAUGUCAACUGAAAAUUUUAUUUAUCAGAAAUCCCGACAUCUGCAGAAAGGGUGACAGUGUACCAGAUCCAGAUCUGUUAACGGAGAUUAAAUACUAAUCUGUUACAAGUGGACGUAUCCUCUGUGGUAGUUGUGAUGAUACGAUACUUAAUCCCUCUUACACGCCUCCUUUCUCCCUUUUUCUUUUGAGACAGGGUCUCGCGUGCAGACCAGGCUGGUCUUGAAGGCAGAGAUCUGCCUGGCUCUUCCUCCCCAGGAGUAAAGGCACAUGCCACUACACAGUGCUCACUCCUACAUUUUAUUUUUAUUUUUAAAAUUUUUGUUUUGUUUUGUUUUUUUGAGCAGGGUAAUUCCUUGGGAGAAUGAAGUGAGAGGACUAUAAAGUGAAGUCCAGCCUGGAUAGCCCAAGAGACUCCUAAAGCCUUAGUUAAACACCCAAAGAAUUGUCGCAAUUGAAAUCUUUCCAACUAUCCCACUCCUUUGUUACUAUUUUGUUAUUGUUUUUGUUUCUUGGAAACAAGGUUUCUCUGUGUAACCCUGGUUGGCCUGGAACUGACUCUGUAGACCUUGAACUCAUAAAUCUGCCUGCCUCUGCCUCUUGAGUGCUGAGAUUAAAGGCAUGCGCCACUAUGCCCAGCUACAUGGGUGUCCUUUAAUGCUGUUUGUGAACUUAAACUUUCUGUGUCGCCUCAUGGCUUGUACUGAGUCCCAUCCAUGACAUAAACUUCCUGACCCUGUUUCUCAGUAUCAACUCUUUGGACUCCUGAGUCUAAAAAGACUGAUCUCCACUGAGGGCACCUCUGGUAGCUCCUGCCAAGCUGCUAAAAUUUAUCAUUGCCGUCUAGACUAGCAAUUGUAUUUUCUUUUCUCUAGUUAAAAACAAAAGGGGCAGGAGAGAUGGUUCAGUGGUUAAGCACACUGACUACUUACUCUUCCAGAGGACCUGGGUUCUCAGCAACUGCACAUCAGCUCACAAGCAUUUGUAACUGUAACUCCAGUCCCAGGGAUCCAACACCUAGUCUCUGUGGGCAUAGCAUGCAUGUGCACAGACAUACGUGCAGGCAAAACACCCAUAUACAUAGAAUGAAUAAACAUUUAAACAGUAGAACUGGGGAGAUGGCUCAGUAAAAAGUGCUUGCCAUGCAAACACGGGAGCUGGAGUUUAAACCCCAGAAUCUAUGUAAGAAAGCUGGUUGCAGGGGCUUCGAGGUGACUCUGGUUAAGACUGAUGCAUCCUCUUUCAGAAGAUCCAGCACUCAUGUAGGAUGGCUUACACCCACCAUAACUGAAGCUCUAGGGACAUCUGAUGCUUUGGGCAACUAUUCCCAUACAUAUCUACACACAAACCUAUAUAUGUACCCAUAAUUAAAGAAUAAAAGCUGCUGGGCGUUGGUGGCACACGCCUUUAAUCCCAGCACUCGGGAGGCAGAGGCAGGCGGAUUUCUGAGUUCGAGGCCAACCUGGUCUACAAAGUGAGUUUCAGGACAGCCAGGGCUACACAGAGAAACCUUGUCUCCAAAAACAAAAACAAAAAAGAAUAAAAGCUGGUUGCACUUGUAACUCCAGCCCUGAGGAAGUAGAGGCAGAAUCCUGGGCCCCCCUGGCUAGCCAGCCUCCUUUGUAUAGUAAGCCAGUGAGAGACCUUGUCUCAAAAAACCUGGAGGAGCAGGCAUGGUAGCAUGCUUUUAAUCCCAGCAUCCAGGAGGCAGAGGCAGGUAGAUCUUUCAAAGUCUAAGGGGGAGGGAAGAAGGAAGGAAGGAAAGGAGAGUGUGUUUAGCACAUAAUUCAGAUUUAUAUAUUCUAACUAAAAAGGUGCCUGCCAAACAAUAGCACAUGUGUCUGAUAAAGAUUAAGUUCAGGUUGUAGAAUUUGGCAGACUGUCAUGCUCCCACUGAUUUAAGCCACAUAAUUGCCUGAAGACCGAUGAAGGCAAAGCCCAGCUUCAUUGCUUGUGUCUUACAGAUCAGGCUGCACAGUGAAGACCACACAGUGGAGCACAGUGCGUUCAUGUUUUGUUGUAUGAUCGAAGCAGAUCCAUGAAGACGUGAGCAGCAGAGCCAGUCUGGAUUGCAGACUGAAGGAAAAGGACAUCUCCUGUGUCACUGAUUGGCGGUUCAGUAGAAAACUGAAUCAGUUAUAAAGCAGGAUUUAAAACUGCCCCAUUGCCAGGCAAUGGUGGCGCAUGCCUUUAAUCCCAGCACUCGGGAGGCAGAGGCAGGCAGAUUUCUGAGUUUGAGGCCAGCCUGGUCUACAGAGUGAAUUCCAGGACACCCAGAGCUACACAGAGAAACCCUGUCUCAAAAACAAAAGCAAAAACAAAAACUGCCCUAUUGUCCAAUGACUUAAAAUAUCUUUACAUUUUAAUAAUUUAUAUUUAAUCCAAAGAAGAGUCAUGUAUUUGUGUGUGUCUGUGUGUUCUUUUGAGAUGAUCUCACAGUGGCCUGGAACACUGUGUAGAAAACCAGGCUGGCCAUGAACUCACACAGAUCUGCCUGUCUGGGACUGAAGAUGUAACCCACCACGUUCAGCACACCCCCCCCCCCCUUGAUGCUGCUUGGACACACACCUCUCCUAUCCUUGUGGCUGGGAUCUUGCUAUCAUCCAGGAACUCCCUUUGCCAAGGUCCUUGAUCGCUUCCGCUUUUCCUGCUUCCUGGACCCUGUGUUCCUCUGUCUUGGUUUAUUUUCUGUGUCAUCGGGGCAUCCCUUCCAGUGACUUCUUGAGAAAGGAUGUGUAGGCGGCAGAAUGGUCCAGUUCUCAUUCUUACCAGAACAUGGAUACGGUCAUGUCACAUUUCCCUGGCAGGUGCAGGGGGGGUGCAGUCAGAAAUUAAUAUCCCUCGAGAGCCUGUAGACGUCGGCUUGUUUUUCUAGUGUCCAGUGUUGUCAGUGAGAAGCCUGACCCCACUGUGACUAGGUUUUCAUGUGGCCUGCUUUUUUUUUUUUUUUUUUGGAUGCUUUUGGAUCUUUUGUUGGUUAUGGCAGUGUUCUGAGAGCUCCUUCUGUUGGCAUCUGAUGGGUUAAUUCAAUCAGAACUGAUAUUCUCAGUUCUCCAAAUGUUUCUUACAGUUUUCUUCACCACCCCCGCUCACCCAGGAAAUACCAUCCCACCAGUGUUUUACAUCUGGGGCACUCGUUGGUUUCUCUUACUGCUUCUCCCUUGUUUUCUGUUUAUUUGUCCUUUUGGGGGGAAAUCUUAAUACUUUUUUCUGAGGCAUCUUUUGAAAUGCUAGCUUCUGCUAUCACAAUUUUAUUGCAGAGAGGACGCAACUCUCUCUCUCUGGCGGUCUUCUCCCUCCUUCCCUUUGUCCCCAUCUCUCCCUCCCCUUCUUGUUUCUGUAAUAUCCUCCUCUCUGCAAUGUCCUCUUUUCUUAUCUCUUCAUGCUUUGAUGGUAAGUUAAAGCCUUUCCCCCCACCUCCCACCUCUCCAAGGCCCUUUCUGCUUGCAUUCUGUACUUCCAAUUUCCUUGCCUCUUUCCUAAUGUUUGCCUUUCAUUUUUAAAGUAAGGCCAAUGAGAUGAGUGUGUGUAUGUGUGUGUGUGUGUGUGUGUGUGUGUGUUGUCUGAACUUUUCUUUUUACAUUUGUGUGUCUGUCUGCCUGUCUGUCUGUGACUUUGUGUCUGUGUGUGUUUUCCAGGCACAAGUCACUGUGCCUAGCUGAGGAUAUGUAACAUCCAUAUCUAUAUGAACAUGGAUUCUCAUUUCCCCAAAACACAAGGUUUCACUCUUAAGUCACAUACCGCACAAAUGAUCUCCUUUGAGGUCUAGGUGAGGAGAGGGGAGGCUGUAGCCUUGCCUGUGAGCCCGAGCCUUGUUUGAUUCAGCCAGGCGCUGUUCACAUUCCUCCUGGAGGUUGCAUGGAACCUUCUCUAGGGCCCUUUGGAGUAACAGUUCCUGGCUCUUUUUGGUUGCUUAGAGAACUGUUCCCCACACCCCAUUCUUUCCAUGAUGACUACUGUUCAACCUAUAAAAUCUCUAACUUUUGUUGGGUGGGGGCUGGGAAAACAUUGAAGGGUGACCUGGGGAAGCAGUCUACCCCCACACUUGACUUUACCCGGUUGCUUCACAUACUGCUACCUCCACAGAGUGUAAGACCAUUGGUCAGACAGCUCUGUGUGCAGCUGCCAUAUCUUGUGUUUGGAAUCUGUCUCCUGCAAGCCAAGGGGCCUGUGGUUUAUGUCAACACCUUUGCAAUAAGAAGCAGGUUUGCUCCUCUCUCUACAUUUUCUCUUGCUUCCUGUUUUUUUUUCUUCUGUAUGCCUGUUCUAGUUAUUUUGUGAUAAGUCAUCCUAAAAUGUAAUGACUUAAAAAUUUCACAGUUAUUUAAUCAUUGUCUUACAGUUCUGAUGGUCCUGGGGCUCAGCUAAGUUCCCUCACCUGGGGACUCUCAUGUUGCUGUGCUCACAGUAGCCAAGGGCACAGUCAACUCAGAGGGUUCCUACCUCACAGAUCUGAUGACUGAUACUGGCAUUAAACUGGGAUCUUAAGUUAGUAUUGUCAGCUGGAACGUUCAUAUGUUCCUGAUAGAGAGUCUGUGUGUCCCCAUUGCAUGAUGACUAGGAAUGUCCUCAUUCUAAGAGUGAACAUAAUAAGACAACAAGAUAGAGGGGAUUGCUGACUGACCCCAGAAAUCACGUAGCAUUCCUUCUGUUGUAUACUGGCUGGAAGUCAAAAGGUCUUACUCGGGUAAGAAGGGGAGAUAGAGCCUCCUCAGUGAGAGACGCAUCGGCAUCAGGUAAGGGGACACAGAUGCUAUAUACGUGGUCAUAGAUGGAAAACGAUCUGUCACAGUCCUGUCUCUGACCCCAUCACAUCCCUGCCACAGGCAAACUAUGUGCAAUUCCUUCUCAAAGUCAUGGCCUGACUGGCAUCAGUUUAAGGUCCAGGGCCUUGUCCAAGUGCAGGCAAGGAUCUCUGGUGUGUCUGUUAGGUAAAACUCUUUCCUUCCUGUGAGUUCUCUAUGGAUUUUGGCUUCAGCUUUUGGGAAUUCACUUAUUUGUGAUGUAAGGAUGUGUGUGUGUGUGUGUGUGUGUGUGUGUGUGUGUGUGUGUGUGUGUGAGAGAGAGAGGGGGGGGGAAUGGGUGCUCAUGGCAUACAUGCAGAAGUCAGAGGCCAACCUUGUCACCCCUUGUCUUUCUGCCUUGUUUGAAAUAGUCUAUUCCCAUUGCUGUGUAAGCCGGGAUGAGUGGCCCAGCUUCUGGACACUCAGGGCAAGUGUCCUGCCUACUGUCUCCCAGGCCGCCUUUAGAACUUUAGUUUCUUCUUGGGGGCCAUUUUUCUACUGUGAUCAUCAGCGACUAGUUCUCUUCCUGCGAUUCUUGGGUACCGAAGUCCAAAGCAUAUUUUUGUCUUUGCACUGUUUCUGUUCCUUGCAGUUCAGAAUAAACAAUAACAAAAAGUCAUUUGUACAUAUUAUAUGUCUCAGCUACAAUUCAGUCUAUCAGUUAAAACACUUUAACUUUGUGGUACCCUUUUCUAGUUUGGAUUGGAGUUGUCUUUAAAAAUGUUUUUUAAACAGGUGAGAUAAGCACUCAUGUUGUUCAGGCUGGCUCUUGUUAUAUAGCAGAAGCUAGCCUUGAACUCAUGGUCCUUCUGCCUCUUUGAAAGUACUGGAAAAAUAUAGGCAAGCACCACCAUGCCAGGCUCAUUGGCCUUGCUUUUCCAUAAGAGGCUUGGGUUUUGUCUGUUUCAAGCAUCUUCUGGAAAUGUCCUGAGGUUUAGCAAGCGACCUCACAGAUUUGGACUUAAUCUUUAGAUCCUGUUUUCUAGAAAUGCCCUGAGCGUUUUGUGUGCCCAGAGCUCAUUUCCUAAUUUUGUCACUACUUAAUCCUGUAAGGAAUAUAUAACAUCUUAACUCAUCCUUAACCUCUUGCAUGUCAUCACACUGAGAAUCAUAUGGCAAUGUGAAUAGUGUGUCCUGAAAUUUCUUUGGAUCAUUGAGUUUCCAUGCUACUGCAUAGUCCAUGCUACUGCAGGGGACAGUAAGUGUCACUAUUAUGUCCUAAUGCUACAUACGUAACCAUAAUUGCCAUUGAGAAUGUAACUGUAGCUUUAAUCUUUAGACUUAUUAUGUAUAUAAGUGUUUUAUCUGCAUGUAUAUGUGUGCAUCAUGUGUGUGCCUGGUGCCUAUGGAGGUUGUUGGAAGCCCUGGAAUUGGAGUGACAGAUUGCUGUGAGCCACCGUGCUGGUGCUGGGAACUGAGCCCCAGUCUUCUGCAAGAGCAGCAAGUCCUCCUAACCACUGAGCUGCGGCCCUAAUCCCAUUAUCUCUUAGGUUUCGACAACCCUUUCCUUUAAACCCUCAAUGCAGCCUCUUCUAGUGCUAAUUCUGCGAUAAAUUACUUCAGGAGUUAGGGGUUUAAAAUAUUAACAAUUGUUAUGUCAAAUGGCUUUUGGGCUUACCAGGGGCAGCUGGGUACCAAGGGGAGUGCUUCUUGGUCAGUCUCUCAAGUGAGUAUGGUUACCUGGUUACCUUGUGCCUGGAGCUAGUCUUGUCUUCCAUGCUCACAUCUAGUGCUGGAAUGCUGACCAUUGGCUGCAAAACUUACACAUGUUCUUGGCAUGAGGUGUGUUCUCCUGUAGUGUGGUAGCUAAGUUCCAGAAGGACAAGGAGAUGUAGGUUAGGGUGGUACAUGCCUACAAUUCCAGCCCUUGGGGGCAUGAGGCAGGAGGAUCAAGGCCAGCCCUGGUUAUAUAUGGAGUCUGAGGCUACAGGCAACCCUGUCUUAAACAUAUCAACAAUGAAACAAAAACAAUAAAAAAGCAAGGGGAAAAGUACGUGCAGAGUUUUGAUGGCUUUGUUUUAGGAGGCUGCAAACCAUUGCUUCUGAUGUAGUCUACAGGUAGAGGGUGGCAAAAGAGUUCACGAAGGAACAAGGGGGUUGAGAUCUAUUCUAGUCAGUGGGAGGAGGAGACUCUGCAGGCGCUGGGAGAUGGCUCAGUGACUGAGGCUCUUCUUGAUGUACAAGUGUGAGGGUCUGAAUCGGGAUCUCCAGAACAGGUGCAGAGCUGUGCACAUCUGUAAUCGGUGCUUACUGUGAGGUGGGAGGUCACAGGCCACUCUCGGGAAGCUUCAAGGCCAGCCAGGCUGCGACAUGCUGUGUCAACAAGACACAAACAUUUUGCAAGGAGAGAACAGAUCCCUGAGGUGGUCCUCUGACCGUCCCAUGCUCACCAUGGCAUGCCCAUAUCUGCAGAGCCCUACCUAAGGAUUAGAUGAAAAGUCUGUGUGGGAUGGGCCGUGUGAGGCCGCCAUGUCUGGAAUGUAGUCUUUCACGAUGCCAGGCUUUUAUUUUAUUUUACUUUUUAAAGGUUUCUGUUUUGUGUGCCUGAGUGUUUUGCCUGCAUGAGUGUGUGUGACACAUGUAUGCCCGGUGUCCACAGUGGUUGGAAGAGGCAAGAACAGCAGGCGCUCUGAACUGCUGAGCCAUUUCUCCAGCUCCCAAAGAGAUGUUUUACUCAUGCUCCUCGCCAUCCUUGUUACAUUAAAACUAAGAAAAAGGGCUUGGAGUGUAGCUUAGUGGGUGGAGUGUGCGCCUAGCAUGCCCUCGGUCUCCAGCACUAUAAAAAAGUUUUUAAAAAACAAUUAUAAAUUCUUACUCUCAAGAUGCUAUCAAUGUAUUUCUAGGACAAAGAAAAGCUUAUAUGUACCUAAUUCAUUAACUUACUCUAAUUAAACUCUUUAAUACAGUGUAUUUUGAUCAUGUUUCCCCCCCUCAACUAUGCUACCAGAUUCUCCCCUAUACCACUGUGCACUCACCCUCAAGUUUUCUCUUUUGAAAACAAAAUCCCCCAAACCCCAAAUCAAAACAAACAAAAACUCAAUAAGACAAAAAAAAAGUCAAAAUGCCCCAGUGUAUGUCUGUGAGUGCACAGUGGUAUCAUUUUUCCUGUGUCUAGAAGAUGCUGUGCUAUUGGAGUCAUCCUUCACCUCUGCCUCUACUGCAUCUCACCCUCUGCCUCUUCUGCAUAGAUCCCUGAACUCUGAGUCGGGGUUUGAUGAAGACGGUUCACUUAGGACUGGGUUCUCCAAAGUCUCUCACUCUGCUCGUUACCACACAGUUCAUUUUUAAAGUGGUAAAUAUUAACUUUUUCCUAACUUCUUGUAAAUUUGUUAUGGUUGUUAUAAAAAAAUUCAUCUUGUCAUAUUGGCAUUUAAUAUAAAGUUUAUGUUAAUUAAACUUAAAAAUAAAUAUUUAAAAUACAAUAAACAGCCUGGUCACAGAAGACACUAUGUGGGGCCAGUUUGGUCAUCUGAUAAUUGCCGUCUUAAGUGGAAACCUACAUUUCAGGCUCCAGGAACCAGGAAAAGAAAAUCUUUUGGGUAGAAGAAUACCUAGUAUCUCCCUCUAUCUCGCCACUCCACACCAGGACAUCACAGCUAUGCAGGACUAAGUAGCAGAGUGCCUACAACUUGGAGAUGUGCCCUGCACUGAGCAAGAGGGCUGGAGAAAAUGGAGCUCUGUAAAUUGGCAAGAGUAGGGAAAUCCAGAACAGGAAAGAGCUGGAAAGAGGAACCUUGAAUUGUGUGCAUGAGUUUUUACAAGUCCGGGGCUAAUCGCAGAGCUGUGCAUGCAGAGAACAUUCACACAGCAGCCGAUGCCUUUGAAAGGCUGAAUUACGACACCUACUGCAAUCUUGGUUCCAGACCACGAGAAAGGAGUGUGCAGAGUAGAUCUGCAGCAGUUCAGGCAAAGGUUUUGACACUGAAACCACAGAAAGCAAGAUAGAUGGUGACCUUGAAUCUCACUGUUGUGUGGCUUCCCCCCACAGAAUGGGGAUAAAUAUCUAAUCCCCUGAACCAGUACACCAACCAAAUGAAUCAUUCCACUCAAGCUUGGGGAACGUGGGUAACUAAAAGGCAGAUGCGUUUUCAAGAAGCACCUCAGCAGGGUGACAACUCACAAAGACCAUGGUCUUUUUAAAGUUUGAAAUGACAUGCCUCUGUCUGUCUGUCAUCUCUUCUCUGGAUGAAUCAUGUGAGUGUUAUUGAAGUCAGUUUUCUUCUUUCAACACGUGGGUCCUAUAUAUCAAACUCUACAUCAGGACUGGCACCUAUACCCACUGAGCCUUCCAGCCUACUCAGAAAUGCAGCUUUCUGACCACCUUGUCGGCAUCUCAACUGAAGAGUCGUCACUCUCCAAGUGUUGUUCAAAGGGAGAAAACUUCAUCUGCAAGAUGGGUGUCUACCGCAUCCGCGUCUCCACCGGGGACUCCGUGUACGCGGGCUCCAACAACGAGGUCUACCUGUGGUUGAUCGGACAGCAUGGGGAGGCAUCUCUCGGGAAGCUGUUCCGACCCUGUCGGAACUCGGAGGCAGAAUUCAAGGUGGAUGUGUCAGAAUACCUUGGGCCACUGCUGUUUGUGAGAGUGCAGAAAUGGCAUUAUCUCAAAGAGGACGCCUGGUUCUGCAACUGGAUUUCUGUGAAGGGCCCCGGAGACCAGGGAUCGGAGUACACGUUCCCCUGUUACCGAUGGGUUCAGGGCACCAGCAUCCUGAACCUCCCUGAGGGCACUGGCUGCACCGUGGUUGAAGACUCUCAAGGCCUGUUCAGGAACCACAGGGAGGAGGAACUGGAAGAAAGGAGGAGUCUGUACAGGUGGGGCAACUGGAAGGAUGGCACAAUCCUGAACGUGGCGGCGACCAGUAUCUCUGACCUCCCUGUAGACCAGCGAUUUCGAGAGGACAAAAGACUUGAAUUUGAAGCUUCACAGGUUCUGGGGACAAUGGACACCGUUAUUAACUUCCCUAAAAACACUGUGACCUGCUGGAAAAGCCUAGAUGACUUCAACUAUGUUUUCAAGAGUGGCCACACCAAGAUGGCUGAGCGGGUUCGAAACUCCUGGAAAGAGGAUGCUUUCUUUGGGUACCAGUUUCUCAAUGGUGCUAACCCCAUGGUGCUGAAGCGGUCUACUUGUCUCCCUGCCCGCCUGGUAUUCCCUCCGGGGAUGGAGAAGCUACAGGCCCAGCUGGAUGAGGAGCUCAAGAAAGGCACUCUGUUUGAAGCGGAUUUCUUCCUUCUGGAUGGGAUCAAGGCCAAUGUCAUCCUUUGUAGUCAGCAGUACCUGGCUGCCCCCCUCGUCAUGCUGAAGCUGCAGCCCGAUGGGCAACUCUUGCCUAUAGCCAUCCAGCUCGAACUGCCCAAAACUGGGUCUACCCCACCGCCGAUUUUCACGCCCUUGGAUCCCCCAAUGGACUGGCUCCUGGCCAAAUGCUGGGUCCGAAGCUCAGACUUACAGCUUCAUGAGCUACAGGCUCAUCUUCUGAGGGGACACUUGGUGGCUGAGGUCUUUGCUGUGGCCACCAUGAGGUGCCUGCCUUCCGUGCACCCUGUUUUUAAGCUUCUAGUUCCUCACCUACUCUACACCAUGGAAAUCAAUGUCCGGGCCAGGAGCGACCUGAUCUCAGAGAGAGGCUUUUUUGACAAGGUGAUGAGCACAGGUGGAGGAGGCCACCUGGAUCUUCUCAAGCAAGCUGGAGCCUUCCUGACCUACAGCUCAUUGUGUCCCCCUGAUGACUUGGCUGAGCGAGGACUCCUGGAUAUUGACACUUGCUUCUAUGCUAAAGAUGCCCUGCAGCUCUGGCAAGUCAUGAAUCGGUACGUGGUGGGAAUGUUCGAUCUCUACUACAAGACCGACCAAGCUGUUCAGGAUGACUAUGAACUGCAGAGCUGGUGUCAAGAGAUCACUGAGAUUGGGUUGCAAGGUGCCCAGGACAGAGGCUUCCCCACCUCCCUCCAGUCCCGGGCUCAGGCUUGCCACUUCAUCACCAUGUGCAUCUUCACAUGCACUGCGCAGCACUCUUCCAUCCAUCUUGGCCAGCUGGAUUGGUUCUACUGGGUUCCUAAUGCACCCUGCACCAUGCGGCUGCCACCACCUAAAACCAAGGACGCGACGAUGGAGAAGCUGAUGGCGACGCUGCCCAAUCCUAAUCAGUCUACUCUCCAGAUAAAUGUCGUUUGGCUCCUGGGCAGACGCCAGGCUGUUAUGGUGCCCCUGGGCCAGCAUUCAGAGGAACACUUCCCAAACCCUGAGGCCAAAGCUGUGCUGAAGAAGUUCAGAGAGGAGCUGGCUGCCUUGGAUAAGGAAAUUGAGAUUCGUAACAAGAGCUUGGACAUACCUUAUGAGUACCUGCGGCCCAGCCUGGUAGAAAACAGCGUGGCCAUAUGACCAUCCCCCCUCUCGAUUUGUUAUUUAAUCAAGACCACUCAAGUGCAUCCCUGUGCUUGAGCCCCGCCCUCUGCCAGUGUGGAACCCUUUUCCAAGAGCCCGCUUUCCAUAGUCUGCUGUAGUGAACACAUUUUGCUUUGGAUGCGUUACCCAGAGUGCCACUUUUCAUUCAUCCUUUCUGCUUUUCCUUCCCCAUAGGGUAAAUAAUAGCCAUGCUUGGGAAAAGCACCCCGGGAACACAAAAGGGUGAUAAUAUACAUUGUUACACAUCGUCUAUGAAUCAAAUAGAUCUCAAGCCUUAAUAGAGUCUAAUAGCAACAAUAAAAGAUGUUUUGGGCUAGUGAUAGAAAAGAACAGGGACCUAAUUAUUUUAAAUAAAAUGUUGCAAAGAUUAUA